GUCGGGUCAUGACCCCAAGGGAGCAGCUGAGGAAGAUGUCAGUGAUGGGGGAGCAGGGGGCUCUGGACGAGAAACAUUGGUACCGCCUGGUCAACGGCAUGUCUGCUGGAGAGCUAUGUCAGAGGCAAGAGAUGAUGAUGAGGAACCAGAUAGCCAUGGCUCCUCAGAUCCUGGCCCAAGGACAGCAGAGGAUACAGGGGGUGCCCACCCAGUUUGAGCCUCGCUUCAUGGAACGAGAGCUAGUUCCACCCUCGGAGAUGGUAUCUUCCGAGGCCAGGCAGAUGCACAUUGGGGGUCACCUGGGUCCGCCCAUGCCCCCACACCCUGGAAUUUCUGUCAGGGGCUUCCCUGGAGUUGGUUACAGUUUCAUGCCCUCAGAGCCCAUGGAGACAGUUGCCCGGCGACAGGAGCUCAUCCACAAGCAGAAUAUCGCCAGGAUGGAGAUGAAUGCCAUCCUCCACCAGAAGGAGAUGGAGAACGCCCAUCAGAAGGGUCUGAUGGGUAUGGAUGCGCCCAUGAUGUACCAGUCCAACGCUAUGGCACUCCGGGGGCGCCAGCGCCUCCCAGACGGCCACGACUUCUUUGUCCACCGUACCACCCUGGAGGAAAUGCAGGCCAACAACCUCCUGAUGUCCUCCAGCCCCUAUCCACCAAUCAGCACGCUGCAGAGGGAGAGGGGCCGCAGGGCUGGUCGCAGGGCAACCAAUCACAAGAGUGCAGAGAGCCAUGCGUCUGGACACAAGGGCCAAUCGGAGGACAAGAGCGUGGAGCAGAGUCCCGGGGGUGCCUCUGGAGAUGAGAAAGAGGCAGAGGGGAAAAUGGACAUGGGAGGGGAGGCAGUCGGCAAACAACAUCAAGCCAAAAUGGACACAGAGCUCUCGUCGAAUGGCAGAAAGAGCUACAAGGAGACGGCGCAGGGCCUGCGAAAAGCCUGCAUAAACAGUCAAGAUGGCUGCCCUGACGUCACCAACUGCAACAGUGGCGCCAGCGACAAAGACAGGCCCAGUCAAUGCGCUGCGUUCCAGUAUCCCUCCGCCAGUGGACCUAUCCCAGGCAUGCCUUACAUGUUCCCUCCUGGGCCACCCAAUCUCUUUCUUAACGGACAAAAUAUGUCCUCUGUUGAAGACCUUAGGAAGUGGACAGUGAAUGACGUGUAUAUCUUCAUCAAAAACAUGCCCAGCUGCUCUGAAUAUGCUCAGACGUUCAAGGACCACAUGAUAGAUGGAGAGACAUUGCCAUUCCUGACAGAAGACCAUCUACUGGACACGAUGGGACUGAAGUUAGGCCCGGCACUCAAGAUACGAUCACAGGUCUCGAGCCGGCUAGGCAGCAUGUUCUACAUGAUGAGCCUCCCACUCUCCGCUGCCGCUGCCCUACAGGCCACAUCUGAGAAGGCAGGAGGAGACAGAUCGUCAGAGAUCAGCUCCCCUGUAUACUGUAACAGUGUGGAGAUGAUGGGCAGCCCCUGCACCAGAGACCCGGAAGGCCGGAAACCCACAGACCCCCUGCCAGAGACUGACAACCCCUCUCCCCCCUCGGCCAGCAGUGAAACUGCCUGAGGGAUCAGUGAGGGGGGUACGAGUCUUCGGGCCAGUGACUCAGUUCCAAGUCUACCCCUAGCUCCUACCACAUACUGUACAUAUAGACACAAACCCCCUAAGGACUUAAUGUAGAUCUUUAAGCAUUGGGUGGGUAUAAGUAAUGGAUGCAUCUUGCCCUCUGAUUGGCAAGGUGGAAUGUAAAUUUCAUCUGUACAAUCCUUGCAAACAGUCGGAAGUGCAUAGGUAGUAGGAAGUAGGGGUCAAUUUGGAAUUCAGCAAGUGUUUCAGCCCUAAGAGCUGUUUUUAAGCUGCUUACCAUAUCCAUCAGGCUAUUGUGUUAAAAUCAAAUCAAAUUUGAUUUGUUACGUGCGCCGAAUACAACAGGUAUUACAGUGAAAUGCUUACUUACAAGCCCUUAACCAACAAUGCAGUUUUUAGAAAAUACCUAUAAAAACCGUAAGAAUAAGAAUAACAAAUAAUUAAAGAGCAGCAGUAAAUAACAAUAGCGGGGCUAUAUACAGGGGUACCGGUACAGAGUCAAUGUGCGGGGGCAGGUGUCGAGGUAAUUAAGAUAAUAUGUACAUGUAGGUAGAGUUAUUAAAGUGACUAUACAAAAUAACAGAGUGUAGCAGCAGCAUUCCAGUCUGGGUAGCCAUUUGAUUAUCUGUUCAGGAGUCUUAUGGCUUGAAGGUGGAAGCUAUUUAGGAGCCACUUGGACCUAGACUUGGCGCUCUGGUACCGCUUACCGUGCAGUAGCAGAGAGAACAGUCUAUGACUAGGGUGGCUGGAGUCUUUGACAAUUUUUCGGGCCUUCCUCUGACACCGCCUGGUAUAGAGGUCCUGGAUGGCAGGAAGCUUGGCCCCAGUGAUUUACUGGGCUGUAUGCACUACCUUCUGUAGUGCCUUGCGGUCGGAGGCCGAGCAGUUGCCAUACCAGGCAAUGAUGCAACAUGCUCUCGAUGGUGCAGCUGUUGAACCUUUUGAGGAUCUGAGGACCCAUGCCAAAUAUUUUCAGUCUCCUGAGGGGGAAUAGGUUUUAUUGUGCCCUCUUCACGACUGUCUUGAUGUGCUUGGACCAUGUUAGUUUGUUGGUGAUGUGGACGCCAAGGAACUUGAAGCUCUCACCUGCUCCACUACAGCCCUGUCGAUGAGAAUGGGGGCGUGCUCGGUUCAGUUUUCUAGUGUGUGUCAUACAGUGUUUAAACUGCAAAGAAUAUGAUGGAAUUGUUUUGUAUGUACAGUAUUUAGUUCUAAGUUCAAACGUUUGGGACUUUUUUUUGUGUACCUUGUUUCAUAUUCAGGAGACCAUGGUUGUAUUCCCCUGCUCAGAAGUUGCAUGCAUCAACCAAUGGUUGACUGUGCUGUUGGGAACCAGAUUGCUAUAACAUAUGAUGUCGUUAGCUGAUACGUAAAAUACCUAUCCAGGCGUUAUAAGAUCUGGAAUGCGUCAGCAAAGUCUGAGCAAGGGAAUACAACCCAUGGGUCAGCUCCAGACUGUCUAGGCGCCUGCGCAGGUAGCCCUCCCUCGCAUGCUGCCUGCCUCUUGUUUUUCUACAGUAAAAAGACUACAAUAGCCACAAGGCUGUUGACAACCAAAGCAACCAUUACUACAAUUGUUUAACAUAGCAGUCAAAAUAUUUCCUCUUGUCUGAAAAUGAUUCAAUGUUUUGUUUCACGUGUUAAAGUUUACAAAGCACACAAGGAGCAGUGCAGUUAAAUACGUGAUUUUCCUGUUUUUUUUUAAUGAUAUUUCAACACUUAUAACCAGGUUUCCAUCCAACCAUUUAACGUGAGUAAAGUACAUGUCGGAUAGAAAUGUUUAUGACGGAAACAUACAAUUUGUCAGUAAACUUUCCAAAUGUCGACAUAACAAAAUACACUAGACAAGGUGGGAUCUUUUUGUGUCUGUAAAAUGAAUUAUGUGAGAAGUUUAGGUGGAAACGCUUUUAUGCACACAUAUUGAUAGAAUAACCUUCAUAUCAAAGUAAAAUUGGAUUUGCACGAUGACAUGUGUGGUCCUCCCACUACAACUCGUCAGGAAAGCAUGCAGUUUAUUAGGAUACAGAUUAAAUAACUGAUGAUGAACUUCAUAGGCUGGUGAAAGUGCAAGGUGAUGAGCUUGAUGCUCCUUUCCCAUAAAUAUCGAGGGUAUUAUUCUGGUGAAAUGAUCAUCGAUGCUUGGCUGCGUUUGACAAAUAAAAUAAUCUCACUCUUUUGUCCAUAAUAAUCUCAUCAUGUAGGCUAUACUAGCACUGUAUCUGUGAGCUGUCGGCUAGAGAGCAUGUGCCAAUUGUCACGCCCUGACCUUAGAGAUCCUUUUUAUGUCUCUAUUUUGGUUUGGUCAGGGCGUGAGUUGGGUAGGGCAUUCUAUGUUUUGUGUUCUAUGUUUUUUAUUUCUGUGUGUUUGGCCGGGUGUGGUUCUCAAUCAGAGGCAGCUGCCUAUUGUUGUCUCUGAUUGAGAACCAUACUUAGGUAGCUUUUUCCCACCUGUGUUUUGUGGGUAGUUAUUUUCUGUUUUUGUGUCUGCGCCAGACAGAACAGUUUUGUUUGUUCUCUUUGUUAUUUCAGUGUUCAGUUUAAUAAAAAUGAACACGUACCACGCUGCAUCUUGGUCCUCGUCUUCAAACAGUCGUUACACCAAUCCCAGAGUGGACACACUUGCUAUAUACUGUAACGGAAAAGUGUUUUGUGAGAACCAUCAUCAGUGAAGUAAAAAAUGCGAUGGAAACAUA